ACUACCGCGGAGCUUCCGGACCUGAUGCGGGCGCCCUGUCUUGGACUGUCCCACCUUGCUCCUCUACUGCUCCGGGUGCUCCCGCGCCCAGACUGGUUUCCGGGGAUUGUGACUUGCAGGGUCCGCCAUGGAGCCAGAGCAGAUGCUGGAGGGACAGACGCAGGUUGCAGAAAAUCCUCACUCUGAGUACGGUCUCACAGACAAUGUCGAGAGGAUAGUAGACAAUGAGAAGAUUAAUGCAGAAAAGUCAUCAAAACAGAAAGUGGAUCUCCAGUCUUUGCCAACUCGUGCCUACCUGGAUCAGACAGUUGUGCCUAUUUUAUUACAGGGACUGGCUGUGCUUGCAAAAGAAAGACCACCAAAUCCCAUUGAAUUUCUAGCAUCAUAUCUUUUAAAAAACAAGGCACAGUUUGAAGAUCGAAACUGACUUAUUGAGAAGAACAGAAAAAUUUGGUUUCUACUGUAGAUUUACAUGAUUAAGAGGCAGCUUUAAUUGCCAAGAUUCCCCCCCUUUGGAAGUAUACGAACCUUCAGGACAACAGAACUUAUUUCCGGAAUUGCAGAAGAAAACAUUUCCCUUAUUUUGAUUUAAUCACCAUGCUUAUUUAAUGAGUGUAUUCUGUGCAAUUUUUUCUUAGAUUGUCUUUAACUUUGUUUUUAAAACAACCUUCAAAAUAAACUGUUAAAAUGUCA